AAUCAAUUGGGGUACCUCUUUGGCGAGGGAUUUUGAACCAGUUGAUUUGGGCAAAAAAUCAGUUGAAUCGAGUGAAUAGGAUUUUGAUUUUAUUUUUAGAAAUUUUAAUGAUUUAUUUAAUCGAAUUGGUUGGACCAAUUAAAUCGAUCAAAUCGGUUGAAUCUAUGAAACUAUGGUCUGAUUGGUUCGACCAUCGAAUUGGUUUUGGAAACCUACCAGUGUCCAAAAGUAGUUAGCUUUGUCUUCUUUCAGAUGAUUGGUGUAUGUUAGUUACUUACACCAAUUGUUUUCUUCAUUUCAGUUGAACAAACGAGUGGAGAAUAUUUAAAGCGUAUUUUUAAAGGUCAGGCAAUUGACUUUGACUUGUUUAUUUCAAUCUUGCCCCCAGUCCACAACUUUGCAGGACUUGCUUAGAAAUUUUUGCAUGAUCAGGAAUCAUGGGAAUGGAUCUUUCAUUGCAGUUUUUGUUCUCUUCUUUAGUUACAGCGUCCCUUGUUACUCUUACCGUUGCUCAACAACAGCGUCUAUACCUAGACCACUCUUGUUCAGAGUCAGGUGGUAACUUCACCAGAAACAGCACUUAUGAGACCAACCUCAAUCACUUGCUUUCGUCUUUCUUCCGCAACACAACACAUGAAAACGGCUUCUACAAUUUUUCAUCAGGCCAAGGCUCCGAGAUGGCAAACGCAAUUGCACUUUGCAGAGGAGAUGCGAGCUCAAGUGAUUGCUUCAACUGCAUCAAUAGCGCAAACGCUGAGCUCAGAGAUCGCUGCCCUAACCAAAGAGAGGCGAUUAUAUGGUAUGACUAUUGCAUGUUCCGCUACACAAAUCACUCCAUCCUUGGUAACAUGGAAAUCAACCCUAUUUUCUACAUGUGGAAUGAAAAUAACGUGAGGAAUGUAGCUGCUUUUAGUCAGGCGUUGGGUUCUUUAUUGAACAACCUAACAAAUACGGCUUCAUCGGGGACUUCGCUUGGAAAGUUUGCAACUGGAAACACACGAGUUGGACCUUCCCAAACAAUAUAUGCGCUUCUUCAAUGCACUCCCGAUGUCAAACAGAUUGAUUGCAGCUCUUGCUUGUCUCAGGCCAUUGGACUUAUCCCGAAAUGCUGUAACGGAAAACAAGGAGGCAGGGUAGGUAUGGCUGGUUGUAAUAUUAGGUUUGACAUUGAACGAUUCUAUAAUCUUACUGCUGCUGAUAGUGGUACAAUGCCAACACCAGCAUCCUCACCCUCAUAUUCCCCGCCAUCAAACAAUACAACAACAACAGGAAAUAAGAGUAAUUCAUCUCAAACUACUAUUAUCGUAUCUGUAUCUACUGUUUCUUUUGUUCUACUUCUAAUUUCCAGCUGCGUCUUCAUCAUUUCAAGGUUGAGGAAGCCAAAGCUGAAACCUCAAAAGCAUGAAGCAACUGAAGCAGUGGAUGAACUCAUAACUGAAGAGUCUUUACAAUAUGAUUUAAACACCAUUAGAGCUGCAACAGAUCACUUUUCUGAUGCAAAUAAGCUUGGGCAAGGUGGAUUUGGAGCAGUUUAUAAGGGCACACUUGCUGGUGGAAAAUUAAUAGCAGUGAAAAGGUUAUCUUCAGAUUCUAGACAAGGAGACUUUGAAUUCAAAAACGAGGUUCAGUUAAUGGCCAAUCUUCAGCACAGGAAUUUGGUUAGGCUUCAAGGUUUCUGCCUUGAAGGAAAAGAAAGGCUUCUCAUCUAUGAGUUUGUGCCUAAUGGAAGUUUGGAUAAAUUCUUAUUUGAUCCAGUUAAGAAAGCGUAUUUGGAUUGGGAAAGACGAUACAAAAUCAUAGGAGGUGUUGCUCGCGGACUUCUCUACCUUCAUCAAGAUUCUCGACUAAGAAUUAUUCAUCGAGAUCUCAAAGCUGGCAAUAUAUUGUUAGAUGCAGAGAUGACGCCCAAAAUUGCAGAUUUUGGCACGGCAAGAUUGUGUGCUGUGGAUCAAACUCAAGGUGCUACCAGUAGAAUUGUGGGAACAUAUGGAUACAUGGCCCCUGAAUAUGCAAUGCAUGGGCAAUUUUCUGUUAAAUCAGAUGUUUUUAGUUUCGGUGUAUUGAUUUUGGAGAUUUUAAGUGGUCAAAAGAACAAGGUUUUUCAAAAUGGGGGUGAUACAGAACAUCUUCUAAACUUUGCAUGGAGAAAUUGGGAGGCUGGGACAGCAUUUGAUCUUGUAGACUCCAGUUUGAGGGAUGGAUCAAGAAGUGAGCUAAUGAGAUGCAUCCACAUUGGGCUGCUUUGUGUUCAAGAAAAAGUAGCUCGGAGACCAAACAUGGGUGCAGUUGUUCUAAUGCUUACUAGCUACUCUGUCACUCUCCCACUCCCCUCAGAGCCUGCAUUUUUUAUGCACAGCAAAGCUCAAUCGGAGGUGCAGCGGUCGCAGGACUUAAAUUCAGGGACAACAAUAUCAAGUCGAUCUGGAAAUGAAGUUGCUGUAGCCUCAGAAAAUGAAUUAUCCAUUACCGAGCUGUAUCCAAGAUAGCAAUUUGGUCAUUUGUACGUAUUUUGUGUGUUAAAAUUCAGCCUCAUUAUCAUUCUUGAUUGUAAUAAAAUUCAGAUUUUUCAUUCAUAGAAAA